CGGACGUGAAAAUGCUGAACAACGAAGGAUAGACCUCCAGUGGCAGCUUCACACCUGGAUAUUCAGACUGCACGUACAAUUUCGCUUGUACGUGUCCGCCUUGAGGUAUGAAGCGACGAAGCCACAGCCGGACACUCGCUCUCUCCCUUCGGCCAUUCAUCCGUCCGAAUCCAAGCAAUCUCUCCACUCAAUCACAUCAAAUACAUCUCGUCAUGGAAACCACCACUGCUGACAGCUGGGAGUACCCCACCCACCGCAAAUUCGACGACGUUGCUCCUCUCUCUGAAGUCGAUCCCAAUGACAAGGCCGCUGUUCUCCGUUCCCGCGCCCUCGCCGUUCGUGAGUCUUGGAUCAAGGCAAUGGAGGGUCGCAUCGUCCAGAAGGAGCUGAAGAAGUGCUACCGUGCUGAGGGCGUCAACCACUACCAGAACUGCAAGCAUCUUGUCGACCUCUAUAUGACCAGUCUCAGGGAGAAGAGAGUCCAGGGCUGGAGAAAGGUCGGAAAGCCCGAGGAGAUUGCAUAAACACUCGCCGCAUGGACAGAUAGAACGAGAAGCAAGAAACAUAGAAGGAUUUUUUUUUCUCUUUUUUGUUCAUAGCCAAUGGCAACACAUUCGGCUUCUUUGGUCAGGAAACAACAAAAAGGGUGCGAGUAUCGUAUAAUAAAAGGAAUCGAUUACCAAUUUA